AUGCCGCCCUUGGCAGGAAAUUGGCAUAGCCUCUUGAUGAGGCAUGUCAGAACUUGGAAAGCAGCAGCUAAACAAGUUCAAAAGGCCGUCCAGAGCAAAGUAGCUCAACCGGCACAGGCAGAACUCCAGCCUGUCUUUGUUCGCGCACGACAGCCAUUACACCCGGCCGCCCGCAUCCGACAAACGCAGAGCCGCUGGUUCAGCAGCUCGUCUCGAUCAACCUUCAAGGACACUGUCCGUCGCCUGAGCUCCAUCGCCGAACAAGCAUCUGGAAACCAGUACAAGCGUAGCUCUCUGCCCAAGUCGACCGUCGGCAAUGCCGUCAUCCGUAACUCUGGCCGUGCUCCGUUCGCAUCUACCCUCCGACCCAACCUCACCGGGGGCACCUUAGGACGCACAUCUGGAGGAUACUCGCUUGGAGGUGGUCGUGUUGGAGGUCAGAGAUACUUCUCUCAUGGCCCAGCCAGCCAAGCACAGAUCGUCCAGAACGUCUCUCAGGCCGUCCGUGCCUUCUUUGUGUCAGGUAACAAGGCCCAAUUUAACGGCGUCAACCCUCGCGGCGAGAAGUCGUACAAGACCGUCACUCUCGCCCAGCACGACACUGCUAAGAAGCUCCGCUCGCUCCCCAAGCAGACUCCCGGCUCUUACAUCUCUUUCCCCAUCAACCCUACCAUCACUGCCUUGACCACCCUCGAGGCUGUUGCUGGUUACGCCGACGCCGAGCACGUCAACUCCGAGGGCCUCCUCGAUGGUCUCACCGUCGACUUCUCCCGCUCCCUCAAGGACCUGACCGCCGUCCUCAGCGAUCUCAGCAAGCUCUCAAAUCUGGGCGAUUUACCAAUCACAUACGAAGGCUCAUCACUACGUAUCCACUUCCCUGGUUGUGAUGCUGAUACUGUCGACAAAUUGAGAGAUGAGCUGCAAAUCCAGCGAGGCACGACCGUCCAAGACGAAGACUUUGACGACUUUGUUGGAUCCGAGAUUGCCCUUCUCUUCCCCUUUGCUCCCAGCACACAACCCUCGGACAGUGGCAGCGAGUUUUACGAGUCACCUUCUGGCAGUCACACCAAGCCCAUUGAUUGGCAAACAAUGCUCACACCAUCCGAGAGCAGCGUCGGACGCCAUCUCUCGAUGAAAUCAGACACCUUGUCGGACGUCGACUAUGAGUUUGACAGUCCAGCUAUGGUCUCUGAUUACGAGUCUCUACACUAUUCCAGCUCUGGCGAACACGAAGAUGCCCAAAGCCCUCUUGAAUACCAAGGGUUCGAGGGCAUUUACCGCUUCAUCGAGCAAUGCGACUCUCACCGACACUGA